GACCUCAAAACCGAACCCGAAACGAAAACCAAAUAUUUUGGUUCAAUCCAGUUCGACUGGUUCUGACAAAAACCAGUGCUAGUUUAUAUGGUUACACCUGCAACUGGUUGUUUCUGUAAUGACAAGGAAAGAUUGGUCUUUAGAGAGUUGAGUGCCAUUGGGAAAACGCCAGACCUUCCAGCACAAUGUGUGCUGUUUUUUUGUAGGUGGGUCAUAUCUUGGAACCCUUCCUGAUGAUUUCUCCUUCAAGCAAUAUGAAGAAAUGAUUCAUACACAAAAAGAAAGUCUAAUCCUGCAUAAAACUUCAUCUCAGCAAGAAUGCAAAUGAUGAUAAUACAAAUACAUAUCAAAGAGAAAACAAGAAUGUUUGGUAGCAUACUUUCAUAAAUGAAAUAAAUGUGAAGGUCAUAAAUCAGGAAACAUGCCUAGUUGAUGUAAUCUUUUAGGCAAAGACAUGGGAUCCUUUUAGCAACUAUACAUCAAACAUGUAUAGACUCUCCUACUUCAUCUGUAAUGAUGCCUUAACUUGAUUCCCACAAGAAGCAGUUCAAGCAAGCCUUACAGAUCUUUUAAGUUGUUCGAAUGGAACCGCAUAAGCUUGAUCUGUCUUCAUCAACUACCUCCAUGACAAGAACUUUGUUUCACAAUACAAUAUUGACAUUGGAACUGAACUUUUAGAUAACUUCCACUCCACUAAUUAAUUAAGAGGUUACUGCACUGGCUUGAAAGGUCUGCUCAUUUCCAAUAAACCGCAAUGGCAGUAAAGAAGCAUCUGUGUGAGACUCAAUCUCAAGAAAAAUGAUAUCAUAUAAGCACCAGACAUCUUCAAACUGAAGACAAACACAACUAUGAUCCAACCAAAGUUGUUCGAAUGGAACCACAUAAGCUUGAUCCGUCUUCAUCAACUACCUCCAUGACAAGAACUUUGUUUCACAAUACAAUAUUGACAUUGAAACUGAACGUUUAUAUAACUUCCACUCCACUAAGAGGGAACUGCACUGGCUUGAAAGGUCUGCUCAUUUCCGAAUAGGAAAGGUUUCUUUUUCGGCGGAUUAAAAAUCCGAAGCAGUGAUUGUUUAGCUAAGUCGAAAGACCAAACUAUGAAUCUGCUGUUUCGAGGAUAGAGAGAAACUUUUUUUGUCUGGUCGUCUUCACUUAUAGUAAUGGACCAAGGUAUGGGUCUAUUUCUAUAUAGAGAGUUUGCUUACAAAGGAAUAAACCAGAAUGAAUUAACGUUGUAAACGGUAAACCAUGAUUAAACCGAUGCUAAUAGGGUCAAUGACCAUCAAUUUUUGGUCCAACUAUAAAUCUUAGAAGUACCUUAGCCUAUUUCUAUAUAGAGAGUUUACAAAGGGAUAAACCGGAAGAAAUUAACGUUGUAAACGGUAAACCCUGAUUAAACCGAUGCUAAUAGGGUCAACCACCAUCGAUUUUCGGUCCAACUAUAAAUCUUAGAAGGAUAAUCAAAUUGAAAAGUCCAAGUUUAGGAGCUCAAUUCUUGAAGACCGUUAAGAAUUCCAAAUUAAAAAGGUUUGUAUUUUUACAUUUUCGUUCAAAAGUUAUAAAAUGAUGACUAUAGUAUUACUACAUGUAAUGCAAUAUUUAAAUUUAUAUACAAUUGGGUAUGAGAUAUGACAAGGCGUUGAAUGCAGAGAUAAUGGCCAAAGAACAAAUCAACAGGAUUGUACUUUGUUUUCCAUUUUUUUUCCUGUUUGUAUAACGUAUGUAUAUAUGCAUGAAGAUUAUGCUAAUUAAUUAAAGUUAUUGAGUUUUUUUUAAAAUUGGGUUAAUGUAUAUUUGGGGUUUGAAUAAUCAAAUAUUUGUAAUGUGUAGCUUGUGUAUUAAACAGAAGGAAAGUAAGUUCAUGUGAUAUUUGUGAAUUUGUGUAUAUAAGUAGCUACGUUUGUGUCUUUUAGGCUUUAUUAACUUGGACUGGUUGAUUGUAUGCGAGGAAGAAGAUACUUGAUAAUUAAACCUCUACAUGGCAACCAAAACAAGAUGAUGAAUAAUAAAAAAAAACAACACACAGAAGAAAAACACAGUUUUAGUUUUAAUAUGAGGAUAUUGUAUCCUUUUUACAAAUUACAAACUAAAAAGAAAGUAUGUGAACAUUAAAGGUGUCAAUUUCUAGAGAGAUCAUAGAGUAAAUCUCUACAUAUAUGAAAUAUAAAACUAGUGCGUUCCAUUCACAUAUUAAUUUUCUUAUGUAAUACAUUAUUUGUAAGUAAUAAUAAUACAUCCAUAACUAAGAAAAUAAGAAGGUGAAAAACAAUAUAUAAAAUAAAAAUUUUAAGCUAUGCAUGCUUGAAGCUCCCCAUUGAAGGAACGAUCGAUUCAGAAACAACAAAGACUAUAUAUCACUUUGGAGGCGGCUUGAUUGUGACAUGGUUCCUUGCCUCGACCUCGGUCACGAUCAUCAUUACCAUCAUCAAAACGAUGACGAAGGAGGCGAUUAGGGUUUUCUUUUCGAUAGCCAUAAUGUUUAACAAGCUCUUAAACGGCUCUUUUUUUUUUUGGUCUCUUUCUUGUUAGUAGUUCUUGAUUAACUUAACAGCGUAUUUAUAUGCAAAACCAAACUUCUAUAAAUAGUGAAUUUCUAAUUUAAAAUUUGUGUGGACUGUUUCAUCGUCUUUUCUUAGAUAUUGGUCAAAUGAUUACUAACAUUGUUUAGAUUGAAUUCUAAAAUAGUAGGACAAAAAAAUUGCCAAAAAGUAAUAACCACUAAUUGUUUCUUCCACAUUUUCAUAAGUGUACUUUUUUACUUUAGAUACAUCUCAUACAAAUUAAGAUUUGUUUUAAUAACGUAGACGUAAUCAUAACUUAAAAUGCAUUUGAUGAUAAAGACUUUAAAUAUCCAUAGAGCUUUGUGUAAAUGGAAAACUAUCUAAAGCUAAUUGUGUGGUCGGUCCACAUAUGGUUUUGAUGUAUAUGAAUCUCACCCAUAAUGUACCCAAAAACCUUAUGUUAGAUCCCAAUUAGGUUCAACACGAUGACUUUCUUCGCAUUCUUAUUACAACAACACUCUCUUUAAAAGUCAAGGUUCCAUAUCUUUCAUUCAUGUUAAAGAAUAAACCAUACACGAUGGCUGCUAUAAUACAACCAUCUCUGUCUUCCUUACUACUCAUGUUCUUGUUCUUACUACUUGUUGUCCCUUCAUCAGUUCUCUCAGCCACUCUUCGAUCUGAUAUCCAAGCUCUAGAGUCUAUCAUAAGGAGCAUUGAUCCAAGUUCCAUCUCCCCUUCCUCUUACCUCAGCACAUGGGACUUCUCUGAAGACCCAUGUGAAGGCUCAGGGACGUUCUUAGGAGUAACGUGUUCUUUCCCUCUUGAAAACACAACCAACAGAGUCACAGAGAUCGACCUUGACGAUGAUGGCUACGAAGGUUUCCUCUCUGACGAAGUAGGGAACCUCACAGAGCUCACGGUCCUUAGCCUCAACAAGAACAGAUUCCGUGGUCCAAUACCAGAAACUGUCUUCCAGCUCAAGAAACUCACCAAACUCUCCCUCUCUGAAAACUUCUUCACCGGAGACAUAACCCCAGGAAUCACCUGGCUCAAGGAGCUCAAAACCAUAGACCUGUCCAAGAACAGCAUCGCCGGUGAGAUCCCUCCAAGGAUCUCAUCCUUGAGAAGCUUGACACACCUGAUCCUAUCAAACAACCAUCUAGACGGUAGAAUACCUCCACUCAACGGCUUGUGGAAGCUACAAGCGUUGGAACUCGGCAACAAUCACCUCUCCGGAACCCUCCCUAAGCUUCCUCCAAGUCUAAGAACUCUAUCUCUCUGCUACAACAGCCUCGCAGGACGUAUAUCGCCUUUACAUAGACUAAAACAUCUUGUGUCACUAGAUGUGAGCCAGAACAGAUUCUCAGGCACCAUCAGCCACCAAAUCCUAACGUUCCCGGAGAUAUCUCACAUCAAUGUGUCCUUUAACCAGUUCAUAUCCAUAGAGGUUGUUCAGGUUACAGGCAUUGAGUCCCGCCUGCGGAUACUUGACGCUGAAGGAAACCAACUACAGGGUCACCUUCCACUGAACCUGCCGACUUAUGGAAACUUGAAAGAUAUCAAUCUAAGGAGUAACAAGUUCUCCGGAGAUAUUCCAAGGAUCUAUGGGAAAAGACUUGAGAAUAAUUCAUGGAGAAGCUUGUACUUGGAGAACAACUACCUCACAGGUUUGCUUCCUGAGGAGUUUCUAAGGCUCUCCAAGCAAAUCAGAGGAAGCCUUUCUAAUAACUGUCUGCAUUGUCCGAAGAACGUUCGAAUCUGCAAAGGAGUACAAAAGGCGAAAUCACAAUGCACCAAUGCAAUGCAGGUGGAGGGCUUGGAGUAGAGAUCAUACACAUGGGAAACAGUUUCUAUUAGAAAGCAUAAACGUUACCAAAGUUCAUGUCCUUAUUUGUUUGUAAUCAUUGACAUUCAAAACCAAAAUAACUGUUUUUUUUCACAAGACAAUGCAUUUCAAAAGAGCCAAUUGACACUAAUGUUACCAAGCCAGAUCAAAAGAGGGAACUGAGCCAGAGCUACAAAGAUCAAAAGGUAGUGAUGCUUGCUCGAGUCAUAACUCCUAGCUUCAGCAAAGAGAACUCGUUUCAUCGUCUUCACUAA